AUGGCAGUGAAGAAAAUCGAGGGUGUUCGUCAGGGAGAGAAGCAAUUCCGGGCCGAGGUGAGCACCAUCGGAACUAUUCAUCACAUCAACUUGAUUCGACUUCUUGGUUUUUGCUCUGUAGGGGCAAAGAGAUUGCUGGUCUACGAGUACAGGCUCAAUGGUUCACUGGACCACCAUCUAGAGUACAUGCUCAAUGGAGUAUUCGGGAGCAGCGGCGUGUCAUUAGGCUGGAGCACAAGGUACCAGAUCGCCAUUGGAAUCGCCAAGGGAUUAGCCUAUCUGCACGAGAAGUGCAGGGAUUGCAUCAUACACUGUGACAUCACAUUCAAGCCACAGAACAUACCGCUGGACGCAUCGUUUAUCCCAAAGGUGGCGGACUUUGGGAUGGCAAAGCCUGGCCGGGAUUUCAGUAGGGUUCUCACGUCGAUGAGAGGCACCAUGGGUUACCUUGCGCCGGAGUGGAUAUAA